AAAUAAACACCUACAAUGCCUGCAGAUUUCAAUGGUUACUGGAAAAUGCUCAGCAAUGACAACUUUGAGGAGUGUUUGAAAGCAUUAGAUGUAAAUAUUGCUGUGAGAAAAAUAGCCAAUAUGCCCAAACCCAACAAAGAGAUAAUUCAGGAUGGAGAUCACAUGAUCGUUAAAACACUAAGCACUUUUAAAAACUACAUCAUGAAUUUUCACAUAGGGAAAGAAUUUGAGGAGAAUUUAAUGGGGGAUGAUCGCAAAUGCAUGACCUGUGUGACAUGGGAUGGAGAUAAACUUCUUUGUGUACAGAAAGGACAAAAAGAAGGCCAUGGCUGGACCCAGUGGAUUGAAGGAGAUGAAAGGCACUUGGAAAUAAGAGUUUGUGGUGUCAAAUGUAAGCAAGUAUUCCAGAAGGCACAGUGAUGGGCCUAACUGCAGAGACCAAGAGGGCUGAAUU